CGUAGUACGGCACGUAACAUCGGCAAUAUCGUCUCCUCCAUGAACCUGGCAGGACGUAUCGGCGCUCAAGACGAUAUCCCGGAGUGGGAUACCCAUGGUGAGAGAAGCAAGGGCGGCUGAGGCGAAGAAAGCGAAGGUAUUCAUUCUUUUGGAGAUGAUUUAUGACGUGGAUAAUCAGUUCUGGGUAUGAAAUGAAAAUAUAAAACGACUUCCGCAGCUGCAGACGGACAUGUUCGCCCUGAAAUGCAGGUGUUGCAAUUCGGCGAUCUGCGGCAAUAUCGUGCAGAUCGGCUCGGCCUCUUUGGGGUGGUGAUUGAUGUUGCUAUGCAAGGGUUGUACUCUUUUUGGAGUUGUCGGGUGGCGAGACAGCUCUGAUCAUGUUUUACUUGUUGGGUUAUUUGCUUUGUGGCCUUAUUGUUGCAGCGCGACUCAUCGAUUGUAUAAUUACAUAUUUGUCCGGUUCGUAUUUGUUGGGAGAAAAGCCUUGUGUCAGAUUUUGGUAUACCGUCGAUUUACCAGCUCCGAUUGGACCAGAGUACUGGACCCUUCAAUAUCUACGGGCCACAGUAGACUAAGAGGUACUUGUCGGACGCCUCCUUGGAACAUGACCUGAGAUUGAGAG